UUCCAGUUUCGUAUUCAAACCACGCACAUUUUGAUAAAAUAAUUUACAAUCGAUAUCAGUGCGGUCAAUAUUAUGAACAAUUUAAUGAUACCAAAAGUCGUUUUCAAUUGAUAUAAAAAAAUACAGAUAAUCAGUGAUUCGUUUCAACCAGUUUCAACAUACAAUCUCAGUAGAUAAACAAAGUGUCAUUACUUCUGAAAUUCUCCAAGAGUUUAAAAUUAAAACCUUGUAGGAUUCAUACAAAUGUCUAAUCAGGGAGUGCCGGAAUUUUUACAAAACGAAAUAGAAUUUUUCUUAAAAGACAAAAAUCUUUCGAAUUUAAAAUUUCAUUUUUCAAGUGCAUGCAAGGAUGGUGAAAAUUAUUUGGGCUCAUUGUAUCGUGUUAGAGUUAAUGGCGAGAAGAAUGGUGAAAAUGAAGAAUUAAAUUUAAUUGUUAAAUGUGUUCCAACCGAUAAAGAGUUGAGAGAACUUUUACGAGCUCAAGAUAUGUUUCUCAAUGAAAUUGCUUUCUAUGAGGAGAGAUUUCCACUUAUUAGGAAUUUUUUGAAUGAAUUUAAUUUACAAUAUCAUGACUGUCCGGCUUACUAUGGAGGAUGUAAGACACCAAAGAAAGAGAUCCUGAUUUUAGAAGAUUUGAAACCUGAAGGAUUUGUUUUGAAAGAAACAAAAUUAUUGGACUAUCAACAUGCAGUUAUUGCAGCAAAACAUCUUGGAAGGUUUCACGCUUACAGUUUUGCCCUUCGUGAUAAAAAACCUGCGGAAUUUGAGAUUUUGCGAAAAAUUAAGGAACCGUUUUUCUUUGAGUCUGGCUGCUACGCUAAAAAUAUAGAUCUCAUUAUGGAGGCUGCUGUUAAGGCUGUGGAGAACGAAGAAAAUCAUUACGUUGAUAAAAUUAAACGACUCAGGGAAAAAGCACAGGAAAUUAUUGAUUACGCAUGUGAUGGAAGAAAUGCAGAACCUUGUGCUGGCCUUCUUCACGGUGAUUUAUGGACCUGCAAUAUGUUAUUUAAAUACAAUCAAAAAUCAGAACCAGAAGACGUACGCUUCCUGGACUUCCAAUUAAAUAGAUACGGUUCGCCAGCGAUAGAUAUUCACUACACAUUCUACACUUGUCUCACACAGGAAAUGAGAGACAAAUAUUACGACGAAUUACUACAUCAUUAUCAUAAUUCGUUAGCUGAGAUGUUAAAAAAAUUGGACUGUGAUGUUGAUAAACUUUUUCCAUUCGAAGUUCUUUUGGAACAUCUGCAACGAUUUGGACGCUAUGGCACUUGUACGUCCGUCGUAGAUAUUCAUCUUUUCACUGUUCGACCUGAAGAUAAUCCACAAACAAUGUAUCAUCUCGAUUUUCUUCGAACCCUACCAAUGCUUUUGAAAACCAAUAAACUCUAUUUUGAAAUGUUGAGAGAUGCACUUAAAGACAUGGUAGAUAGAAACUACCUAAUUGAGAUUCUUGUGACCACUAUAGAUGUCAACAAUGGUAUGAAAAUAAGCAAAGUGUCAUUUCUUCUGAAAUUCUCCAACAGUUUAGAAUUAAAACCUUGUAGGAUUCAUACAUAUUUAUUUAAAAUGUCUAAUCAGGGAGUGCCGGAAUUUUUACAAAACGAAAUAGAAUUUUUCUUAAAAGACAAAAAUCUUUCGAAUUUAAAAUUUCAUUUUUCAAGUGCAUGCAAGGAUGGUGAAAAUUUUUUGGGCUCAUUGUAUCGUGUUAGAGUUAAUGGCGAGAAGAAUGGUGAAAAUGAAGAAUUAAAUUUAAUUGUUAAAUGUGUUCCAACCGAUGACGAUUUGAGAGAACUUUUACGAGCUCAAGAUAUAUUUCUCAAUGAAAUUGCUUUCUAUGAGGAGAGAUUUCCACUUAUUAGGAAUUUUUUGAAUGAAUUUAAUUUACAAUAUCAUGACUGUCCUGCUUACUAUGGAGGAUGUAAGACACCAAAGAAAGAGAUCCUGAUUUUGGAAGAUUUGAAACCUCAAGGAUUUGUAUUGAAGGAAACAAAAUUAUUGGACUAUCAACAUGCAGUUAUUGCAGCAAAACAUCUUGGAAGGUUUCACGCUUAUAGUUUUGCCCUUCGGGAUAAAAAACCCGAGGAAUUUGAGAUUUUGCGUAAAAUUAAGGAACCGUUUUUCUUUGAGUCUGGCUGCUACGCUAAAAAUAUAGAUCUCAUUAUGGAGGCUGCUGUUAAGGCUGUGGAGAACGAAGAAAAUCAUUACGUUGAUAAAAUUAAACGACUCAGGGAAAAAGCACAGGAAAUUAUUGAUUACGCAUGUGAUGGAAGAAAUGCAGAACCUUGUUCUGGCCUUCUUCACGGUGAUUUAUGGACCUGCAAUAUGUUAUUUAAAUACAAUCAAAAAUCAGAACCAGAAGACGUACGCUUUCUAGACUUCCAAUUAAAUAGAUACGGUUCGCCAGCGAUGGAUAUUCACUACACAUUCUACACUUGUCUCACACAGGAAAUGAGAGACAAAUAUUACGACGAAUUACUUCAUCAUUAUCAUGAUUCAUUAGCUGAGAUGUUAAAAAAAUUGGACUGUGAUGUUGAAAAACUUUUUCCAUUCGAAGUUCUUUUGGAACAUUUGCAACGGUUUGGACGCUAUGGCGCUUGUAUGUCCGUCAUAGAUAUUCAUCUUUUCACCGCUCGACCUGAAGACAAUCCACAGCCAAUUUAUCAUCUCGAUUUUCUUCGAACCCUACCAAUGCUUUUGAAAAGCAAUAAACUCUAUUUUGAAAUGUUAAGAGAUGCACUCAAAGACAUGGUAGAUAGAAAUUAUCUAUAAAAUUAUAAAUAGACAAUUUUUCGUGUCGCGGUCUGACAAAAGGUACCUAAGAAGACAAAAAAUUUGGUGCUUUUUUAUAAUCAAAAUAUACAAAAAAAGAGGAUCAAUUUUCAAUAUAAUUGUUUAAUUCUUCGUUACUUUUAAAAUUGCCUAAAUGUAUUAAAAAUUUAUUUCUGUUUUAAAUUACAGAAAAAUUUUUAAUUAAGAUUAAAAUAAUAAAAGUAUAAAAAUUAAACUUAAAGAAAUACUCAACGAUACUAAGUUGUUUGAAAAAGUGCGAAAACUAUUUUAAACAUUUAUUUAUUUAGUUGAACACAGUUUUAUCAGUGUACCUUGUCGCUAAUGACCCUGGUAGUCGAAGCGACGUUUUCAAAUUCUUAGACAAAAGAAAAUAGUCUUUAAAUAAAUUGCCUCUUAGGUACCUUUCUUCAAAAGCACAUUUUAUUGCAAUUUAGUGAAUUUUUCCGUUUAUAUUAUUGUAAAAUAAUUUUAAUUAACGACAAAGUAUGACAAAGUUGUCUUUUAAAAUAUUUAAGUGUUAUCUACAAUACCUAAAGUGUUUAUGAAAGCAUUUUUUCAAUUAAGUGUCGAUUUGCGUCAUAAUCAGUUGUUAUCUACCUACGAUAAUCGUUAAUUUUUUUUUAUCUAGUUAAAAAAUAAAAAAAUAUAUAUUUUA